GACCCACACCUGGGAAUGGCAGGAGGCAAAGGGCGGCUCAGGAGGGCUGGGCCACGCACAGCACAGUCACCCUGGCACACGGGCAUCAGGGCCCAGGCGGGCAGGCAGCGCUCCCUGUCCUGCGGCGACCAUUGUGCAUGGCUGCCUUGGCCUCAAGGUCUGGUGGGCGUAUGGGUCAGAGAUGCGCCGAGAGCGCCCCUAAAAACGACACCCCGUCUCUACAGAUCGUGUGUUUUAUGUUGCAAAACAAACAAGAAUAAGCCUCGGUUCCUCUCGGCGACACGCGAAGAGGUUUACAUUGGGCAAAGUCCAUGUGGAUAUCCUGAAAUCUCCGGGCAGUUGUGUUUCGCGUUAGAAAUGAACCAAGUUAAACAACAACAACAUUUUAAACUUUCUAAAACCAACUUUUCCAACAACAAUGAUUUCCGUGCUCUUCUGCAGUCUCUGUAUGCUACUUUUAAGGAGUUCAAAAUGCAUGAGCAGAUUGAAAAUGAAUACAUUAUUGGUUUGCUUCAACAACGCAGCCAGACCAUUUAUAAUGUACAUUCUGACAAUAAACUCUCUGAGAUGCUUAGCCUCUUUGAAAAGGGACUGAAGAAUGUUAAGAAUGAAUAUGAGCAGUUAAAUUAUGAGAAACAGCUGAAAGAGAGAUUGGAGGCAUUUACAAGAGAUUUUCUUCCUCAUAUGAAAGAGGAAGAGGAGGUUUUUCAGCCCAUGUUAAUGGAAUAUUUUACCUACGAAGAGCUUAAGGAUAUUAAAAAGAAAGUGAUUGCACAACAUUGCUCUCAAAAGGAUACCGCAGAACUCCUUAGAGGUCUUAGCCUGUGGAAUCAAGCUGAGGAGCGACAGAAGUUUUUCAAAUAUUCUGUGGAUGAAAAGUCAGAUAAAGAAGCAGAGGUGUCAGAACGAUCCACAGGUAUAAACCAUCUUCCUCCUGAGGUAAUGCUGUCAAUUUUCAGUUAUCUUAAUCCUCAAGAAUUAUGUCGAUGCAGUCAAGUAAGCACCAAAUGGUCUCAGCUGGCGAAGACUGGAUCGCUUUGGAAGCAUCUUUACCCUGUUCAUUGGGCCAGAGGUGACUGGUAUAGUGGCCCUGCAACUGAACUUGAUACUGAACCUGAUGAGGAAUGGGUGAAAAGUAGGAAGGAUGAAAGUCGUGCUUUUCAGGAAUGGGAUGAAGAUGCCGAUAUAGAUGAAUCUGAAGAGUCUGCAGAGGAAUCAAUUGCUAUCAGCAUUGCACAAAUGGAAAAACGUUUACUCCAUGGCUUAAUUCAUAAUGUUCUGCCAUACGUUGGUACUUCGGUAAAAACUCUAGUAUUAGCAUACAGCUCUGCAGUUUCCAGCAAAAUGGUGAGGCAGAUUUUAGAGCUCUGUCCUAAUCUGGAGCAUCUUGAUCUUACCCAAACUGACAUUUCAGAUGCUGCAUUUGACAGUUGGUCUUGGCUUGGAUGCUGCCAGAGUCUACGGCAUCUUGAUCUGUCUGGAUGUGAAAAAAUCACAGAUGUGGCUCUAGAGAAGAUUUCUAGAGCUCUUGGAAUUCUGACAUCUCAUCAGAGUGGCCUUUUGUCUACAAGCAAAAUUACUUCGACUACAUGGAAAAAUAAAGACAUUAACAUGCAGUCCACCAAACAGUAUGCUUGUUUGCAAGAUUUAACUAACAAGGCUAUUGGAGAAGAAAUAGAUAAUGAAAACCCCUGGACUAAUAAGCCUGUUUCUGCUGAGAAUUUCACUUCUCCUUAUGUGUGGAUGUUAGAUGCUGAAGACCUGGCUGAUAUUGAAGAUGCUGUUGAAUGGAGACAUAGAAAUGUGGAAAGUCUUUGUGUAAUGGAAACAGCAUCCAACUUGAGUUGUUCCUCCUCUGGCUGUUACAGUAAAGAUAUUGUUGGACUAAGGACUAGUGUCUGUUGGCAGCAGCAGUGUGCUUCUCCAGCCUUUGCAUAUUGUGGUCAUUCAUUUUGUUGUACAGGGACAGCUCUAAGAACUAUGUCAGCACUCCCAGAGUCUUCUGCAUUGUGUGGAAAGGCAUCAAGGACUAGCUUGCUUAGGGAAAAGGACUUAAUCUACUCUGGGAGUGAAAAAUCUGAUCAAGAGACUGGACGUGUACUUCUGUUUCUCAGUCUAUCCGGGUGUUAUCAGAUCACAGACCAUGGUCUCAGGGUUUUGACUCUGGGAGGAGGGCUGCCUUAUUUGGAGCACCUUAAUCUCUCUGGUUGUCUUACUGUAACUGGUGCAGGCCUGCAGGAUUUGGUUUCAGCAUGUCCUUCUCUAAAUGAUGAAUACUUUUACUACUGUGACAACAUUAACGGUCCUCAUGCUGAUACCGCCAGCGGAUGCCAGAAUUUGCAGUGUGGUUUUCGAGCCUGCUGCCGCUCUGGCGAAUGACCCUUGACUUCUGACCUUUGUCUACUUCAUUUAGCUGAGCAGGCUUCCUUUCAUGCACUUUACUUGUAGCACAUUUCUUGUGUUAACCAUCCUUUUUGAGUGUGACUUGUUUUGGCCUUAUCCUUACAGUCUCAGAAAUCUUAAAAUUUACCAGUGAAUUGUACAGUGUUGUAUCUCUUGCAAAUCACAUUUUUGUUUUAGAAAGGGAUUAGGUCUUUUCAUGAGGAUGAGAACAGUUUUAUCAGAUUUCUUUUAAAUUGAAUGCUUUGAAAAUAAUGUCACUAAUGCCUUGCCAUUCAAAGUAUUUUUUAGAUUAUUUUGAGUUUUAAACUCAGUGGGGCUUUUUGGUUCUCUUUCUAUAUAAACACUGUACCAAGCUUUGCAGAUCUUUCAAAACAAACACUUCUGAAGUUUUAUUUUCAAAGACGGCACAUUUUGGAAACCAACCUGCUUUCCAUAAUGUUUCCUUUAUUUGAACAAUUCUCAGAGGGCCAAUUCAAACAUACCCACAUACAAGAUUCUUUAAGAUUAUAGAAUAAAUUGGCUUCUUGGCAGUUGCUCAGUGAGCUAGCAAAGCACCAAUUUAUUUGUAUUUGCUUUCUUCAAAGAACCCUAGUUCCUACCACUGUUCCUAAAUUGUCAAAUUUGGGAGGGAUUUUUAAAAAUUCUACAAUCAUUUGAAGAAAUGUAUAAAUAAAAUCUACUUUGAGGAGUUUA